AUGCCAUCACGACUGGACGAGUUCCAGGGCCUCUCCGACCGCUACCACGCCAUGCGUGCCAAGCUCGAGGACCUCAACUCGGAGACCCCCAUCGAUGAGCUCAACACCAUGCUCCGCUCCACCAUCGACAAGAUGGAGCUCCGCGGCGACCAGAUCAAGGCUCUCAAGCGCUACCGCCGCUCUGUCGCCCGCACCCUCGAGGCCACACACUCGCAGCUCGACUUUUAUCGCGUCCUCCUCGAGCAAGAGUCACGCCACCAUGCCACGCCGCUCAAGAUCCUCCGCGGCAUCCAGCAGCUCCAGCGCCAGCUUCGCGGUGAGGAGGAGAUCUAG